UGAAGAAUUCAUUACAAUAUUCAUUUUGGACUUGAACCCUUCCUCUAAUAAAGUAUAGUUGCUCAUAGUUACUCAGGUGUGUGUAUGCGACAGAAAGUGAGAAUGAAGUCAAGGCGGGGUCUGUGGAUCUCUGUUGGACAGAAGAACACUGAUCAAGUGCAUUCGUCUACUUCUCAACUCAUGAGCAUGCAGCUUCUGCAUAUAGUUAAUUAUUACUUUUCUUACUUUCUAAGAUAAAUUCUUUCACCGUGACACUUUAAACAGCCUAAUUCGCGUUAAACACUUUAAAGUGUUUGGAAAUUGUUAUUAUUUUGACGAGGUGUCGUUAUGAUUUACCCUACAGUCAUGUAACUAUUUUAUUAGAGAGCGCAACUGCGUAUUAUGGCACAGUGAGUGUUGCUUUAACCUGCAAGAGAGGAACUUCUGGAUAGAAAUCUAUAUAUUAUACAAUCGAGAAAAGCUUUCAGAAAAAUACAAACCAUGGAGACAUACACAAUUCAGGACAUGCUUAUCAAUACGACUGAUAUUUUUAAACUAUUGUGUGGAUUGGGAAUCGGCAAUGCGUCGGACUGCAAAAACGACAGUGACAAAACAGCAGAACCGAAAGAUAUAAACCAGACAGUGCGGAUUGCGCUGUAUGUCUUUAUCUUCCUGCUGAGUUUCAUAGGGAAUAGUUUGAUCAUUGCUGUGCUCGUGCGGAACCGGAGGAUGAGGACAGUCACCAAUCUAUUCCUGCUCUCUCUGGCUGUCAGUGAUCUCAUGUUGUGUCUCUUCUGCAUGCCCUUCACUCUCAUCCCAAACAUUUUGAAGGACUUCAUCUUUGGCAAAGGCAUGUGUAAAGUGGCCACGUAUUUUAUGGGUAUUUCAGUGAGCGUGUCCACAUUCAACCUCGUGGCUAUUUCUUUGGAACGCUACAGUGCCAUCUGCAACCCCCUUUCUUCUCGUACCUGGCAGACCAAGUCACACGCAGCAAAAGUCAUCACAGCCACUUGGGUCGUGUCUUUUCUGCUAAUGCUGCCUUACCCGAUAGGCAGCACGCUAGUGCCCUUCAUGCGCAGUAACAACAGCACUGGAAACAUGUGCCGCUUGGUUUGGCCCAGUGAUGUCAUGCAAACCUGGUCCGUUUUACUGUUGCUGAUUCUCUUUCUUAUACCUGGAAUCAUAAUGAUAACAGCGUAUGGCCUCACCUCACUCGAACUCUACAAGGGAAUCAAAUUUGAAAUGGCAAACAGGAAGUCAAAUAGAGACAAGGAAUACAGCACUACCAGCUUGAAAAAAGGUGACUGCGAUGGCUGCUACCUCCAGCCGUCGAAGAGAAAACGCUCGGACCCCUUGACCCCCAGCUUGAGCAACUCAAAACCUAAAGUCGGCAGAGUUAGCAGCAACAGCUCUACGGCAAACCUCAUGGCCAAAAAACGUGUCAUCCGCAUGCUGCUGGUGAUCGUAGGCCUCUUCUUCCUCUGCUGGACGCCCAUCUUUGUCGUCAACGCUUGGCGGGCGUUUGACAAACGUUCAGCUGACCGUCUUCUCUCCGGAGCACCCAUAUCCUUCAUCCACUUGCUGUCCUACACCUCCGCCUGCGUCAACCCUAUAGUCUACUGUUUUAUGAACAAGCGCUUCAGACAAGGUGUGUUGUUGACUUUCAACUGUUGCAGAGCCGACCCUGAGGAUUUGAGCAGGGCAAGCAGCCGUCGAAGCGUCGGAGGAGCUGGAGGUCUUGGAACGCGGUUUGGAACAGGAGCGAGUGGUGGGACCAAACAGGUUGAUGGAAACACACAAACCUGUGGAACGCUUACCAGACUGACCGACAACAGUCUUCGUGGGUCUGCGCAAGCAUAAAGAAAACAACCGGCAAUGACACCGGCUUUACAACCCUGGAACGCUUUCCAAGAACUUUAUCUUGAAGAGUCUAAAAAAUAUAAUGUUCUCAGUAACAAAACAUGAAUGACAAAUGAGACAUGCUCUUCACAAACUAGUUAAUAUAGGCUAGCCUAGAGUCUUCAGGGUUUUUUUGCUAAACAAAUGACCAGUUCCCUGCCUGCUAACUGAUUAUAGACUUGCUAUAUACAGUCAAUGACAAAUGAGAACUCCAACAUGCAGACUAUGGCUGCCAAUAGCACUGAAAUGCUGACAGAAAGCAGUGCUUAUUUUAUAGACAUGUCACAGUUAAAUAAACAGAGACGUUGAAUGGAACAGGACUGUUUCCUUGAGAGAGACUUCAGUCCCCAUUAGGACUUUGACUUAUAAACGUUGGGCUUUACAAUAUGACUUUAUGGCUCUUCUUGGCUCUACAAUUGUCUGGCCCACCUACCAUUCCUUUAUUUUUGUACUUUUUAUUUUCUGCACGGACAAAACCUGGUAAAAUGAAAACUUAUAUUUAAAGGGACAGUUUACUCAGAUAUGAAAAUUGACUUAUUCAUACAUUAUUUACUCACCUCCUUGUUGUUUCAAACUCAAAUUACUUUCAUUGUUCUGAUGCAAACACAAAAGGAGAUGUUAGGCAAAACCAAUGCAAAGAUUCUGUGACAAACAGCCUCAAUCUCCAUUCUCUUUCAUUGUAUCAUAAUUAUUAAUCUAUAUUAAUCUUUGUUCUGAUGAACAAGAUAUUUGAAAGAAUGCUUGUAACCAAACAGUUCUUGGCCACCACUGACUACCAUAGUAGAAAAAAAUGCUUUAUAAAUUUCUUUGUUCUGUUGAACACAAAAGAAGAUAUUUUGAAAAAUGUAGAAAAGCAAACAGUUCUGGGGCACUUCUGACUACCAUUCUAAUUUUUCCUACUGUGGUAGUCAAUGGUGGCCAAGAACUGUUUGGUUACAAGCAUUCUUCCAAAUAUCUUUCUCUGUGUUCAUCAGAACAAAGAAAUUUAUACAGAUUUGAAACAACUUGAUUGUGAGUAAAUGACAGAUUUUUUAUUUCUGGGUCAACUGUCCCUUUAACUAUUCCUAUACUUGAUUUUUUAUUUUCAGUGUAUCUGCUUCUGUGAUGACCACUUAUAUGUAACACCAUGUAUGGAGACACAAAUGUAUAUAUGCUUCUGUAGAUAGAUUGUGGCAUUGUGGCAUUAACCUUUUUCUAGGAAAAAUAAUUGUUAUCUUGUGUGUUAACCCAAACAUACUGUUUGUACCCUCUAGCUAGAGUCCAGCCUUAUCAUAGCAUGAGAUAUUUCACACCUGUUACUCACUUCAAAGGAACUACCCAAGGCUGCUUUGGACAUCUGGGCUAUUUUCAUCAUCAAACUCAUUACUUAAUCCAGCAUGUUCCCUGACACAAAUACAUUGGUCUUUAACCACUUACAAUGACACAUUCAAUUGUGUAAAGUCUUAAUUAAAUGUCUAACCAAGAAGAUUUUACUGGUAUUUAAGUACCGAACAUAUGGUUGGCCUAUACAGCAUCGUAUACAUGAAUAUUUUAGUAGAGCAUUUUUUAAGAAUGCAAAGUGUUGGAUCAAAACUCAAUUUGAGCCAAAGUGCUUUAAUCUCAGUAUACGCGUUGUGUUACCUAGUUAUUAUAAUAUUUGUAUCCUUUUUAAUUUAUCUAAAUACCGAUUGCUUUUUCCGAGUGAAACUAUCCUCACAUAACAUUUUCAUGGAUAUGUUUAUAUCAAAAGCAUUAAAGUGAUAGUUCACCCAAAACUGUCAUCUACUCACCCUUUUGUCAUUUCAAACCUGUAUGACUUUCUUCACAACACAAAAGAAGAUAUUUUAAAGAAUGUUGGUAACCAAACAACGCAGGCACCCAUUCACUUCUAUUGUAAGGACACAAAACCAAUGCCAAGUCAAUGGGUGCAGCUGGUUAACAACAUUCUUCAAAAUCUCUUCUUUGGUGUUCUGCGGAAGGAAGAAAGUUUGAAAUGACAAGAGGGUAAAUGAUGACAGAAUUUUCAGUUUUGGGUGAACUAUCACUUUAAGUGAAAUUAACUGAAUGGUACUAGAUGAAGACUAACAAAGAAAACCUAUUAUAAAAGUUAUUUUAACUCAACUGAAUUGUAAUUGCAUUAAACUG